GGAGAAAGGUAGAGUUGGAUAUAAACUUGGGCUUCUUUGGGAUUAGAAACUUACCCAAAGCUUAAGUGACUGGAGUGAAUCCAAACCAAAGCUAGGUUGUUGAAAGAUGGGGAGAGGAAAGAUUGAGAUAAAGAGGAUUGAGAACACCACCAACCGUCAAGUGACCUUCUGCAAGAGAAGAAAUGGAUUGUUGAAGAAAGCUUAUGAGCUCUCCAUUCUCUGUGAGGCUGAAGUUGCUCUCAUUGUCUUCUCUAGCCGUGGCCGCCUCUACGAGUAUUCUAACAACAACAGCAUAAGAAAUACUAUAGAGAGGUACAAGAAGGCAUCUUCCGAUAACUCAGGUGCAACCACUAUUACAGAAAUCAAUGCUCAAUAUUACCAACAGGAAUCGGCAAAGCUGAGGCACCAAAUUCAAAUGCUGCAGAAUUCUAACAGGCACUUAAUGGGAGAUUCGUUGACUAAUCUGACAGUGAAAGAACUAAAGCAGCUAGAGAACAGGCUUGAACGAGGCCUUACUAGAAUCAGGUCCAAGAAGGUAAAAAUUGAUGAAAACGAAUGUGAAAGUUACGAAAAUGCAUGCAUGCAUUUCACGACAAAGACCGAGCAAGAACAGCAUGAAAUGUUGCUUGCUGAAAUUGAGUACUUGCAGAAAAGGGAGGUUGAGCUGGAAAACGAGAAUGUUUUAAUUCGAGCUAAGAUUGCAGAAGUUGAGAGGCUUCAGCAAGCAGACCUGGUUUCUGGGGCAGAGUUUAAUGCAAUCCAGGCGUUAGCUUCUCGCAAUUUUUUUGGCUCCACUAUGGUUGAGGGUGAGGCUUCAUACUCACAGCCAGAGAAGAAAUUGCUCCAUCUGGGGUGAACUUUUGGGAGACACAUCAGUCUGCUGCUAGCUUAUGCUGCAUCAACCGUAUCUUAAAUAAAUGAUAUCAUUGGCUACUAUCUAGUAUCUAUUUUGGUGUUGUAUCCUUAUUCAUGUCUAGAACUUUGAACUAGUAAUUUCCAGCAGUAGUUUGGAGACAUUCCCUUUUUGAUCAACGAUUGCAUAAGCAGCA